AUGGCAUCCACCAUAGUCGGCAAAUCCGGUCGCGUGUACGUUCAAGGCGAGCCAUAUUUCAGAAGCACCCUGCUUGCCUUGCUUCAGGAAGAUCCGGAGUUUCCUCCGGCGGAACGAAUAAAAAUCUUGCGACGUACAGGAGAGGGAAUACAAGAACUUCAUAGCAAAAACUGGAUCCACAUCGAUGUGAAGCCUGAUAACAUUUUGGUCAAUUGGACUUGCGACAAAGACGGUAACAAAACAGUCACCGAUGUGGCCCUGGGCGAUUUUGAUAUCGCUUUUAAAUCCGAAGGUGGAGAGUCUCGUCAGACUCCUUAUGCGAUAGGGAAUGCCAUGUGGCGAAGCCCAGAAGGACAGACUGGAAGGGGCGUGACAAAGGCGUCAGACAUCUUCUCGUUUGGACUGGUAUGCAUAUAUGCUCUUGGGGGCGGGGAGAUGCUUCUUAUAAACAAUUACCAGGAGCUAGUAAAGCAUGGUAUCAGUCCGGAACAAGAGAUUCUGACUCGACACUUUUCCUAUUUUGGGCCCGUUUCCGACGGGCUCCUUAAGCAAGUCAACAAUGAGAAAUGGUGUGUUGCCUUACGUGGAGCGUCAAGAAUAGCUGAGGAGGCAGUUAAGGAACAGCCUGAACUAAGAUUCGAGCGCUGGGGGGAGGAGCUUGGCCCCGAGGCACAGAACAUGAUAUCUGGAAUGACAAAUCCAGACCCGACGGCUAGAAUAACGAUAGACCAAGUCUUGACGCAUCGGUGGUGGCAAGAGUCUACUUAGAUAGCUUGGGGCGACGUAUUAUCACCUUCACGCACUGGAAGCUUGGACAAGGCCGAGCGAUCAACACCUCUCCCUGGACGCUUGAGCAUUUUCGAGAUACCAAAUUGAUAAAACAACGGCAGCUAACUGCACGUCAAUUAUUCGGUUGGAAAGGCACCAAGACGAAUAGCACGUGAAACUUGCAGCUCUAGGGACCAGG